AUGGCGGCUCGAAUCAACAACUUCCUUUUACAGAAUCUUCAGUGCCCCAUGUGCCUGAACAUCUACAAGGAACCAACGCUGCUGGCCUGCUCGCACACCUUCUGUAAGGGAUGCAUUUUUCGACUUUUCAAUUCUCAACAAGAAAUCGCUAAGAUCUCCUGUCCAGUCUGUCGCAAGACCACGGCUGUUCCAAGUAGAUAUGUCAGCAACCUUCCAAUCAAUACUCCUAUACAGACUAUUGUCGAGGAUAUCAAGAACCAGAGUCAAAUAUGCACCACCUGCAAGAACAAGUCCCUAGCUGCCACCUACUGCCAAGAGUGCAACGACUUCAUGUGCGUCGACUGCUACAAGACCCACGCCAAGUGGGACAAGUUCUCCGGUCACGAUGUGGUCAAGGUGGAUGACAUCGUCUCGGGCAAGAUCACGACCAAACAUCGACGCAAGUGCAAGACGCAUCGGUUGGAGGUCGAAGAAUGUUUUUGCGUCGAAUGUAAGAAGUAUGUCUGCUUCCGAUGCGGGAUGAUGGAGCACACUAAGGCUGGCCACAACAUCCUGGAGGGAAUGGAACAUGAAGAUCAGCAGAAGGAGAAGAUCCGUGAGUUACAAAACAAGGUUAAUGUCAAGAAAGGCAAGGUGGAUGAAUACAUCAGCUUCAUUGAGAAACAACAGCAAAGCUUCAUGUCGUCCAGGAGCAACUGA